AUGGCGCCACUCUCGGCCAAAGCGCUUCUGGGGGCUGCUGCUUUUGCUGUGGACACGGCAGAGAGGGGGACUAUGAAAGAAGAGCCAGCCAGAAACUCCCGCAAAACAUCAUGGACCCCAACCAGAACGUCAAGUGCAAGAUGCGUGGUGGUGGGACACCCAGUGCGGGAAGACCGCCCUCCUCCACGUCUUCGCCAAGGACUGCUUCCCGAGAACUAUGUGCCCACUGUGUUUGAGAAUUACACGGCCAGUUUUGAAAUAGACACCCAAAGGAUAGAGCUCAGUCUCUGGGAUACCUCUGGGUCUCCUUACUACGAUAACGUCCGCCCACUUUCUUACCCAGAUUCUGAUGCUGUCUUAAUUUGUUUUGACAUUAGCCGUCCUGAAACACUUGACAGUGUAUUGAAAAAGUGGAAAGGCGAAAUCCAGGAGUUUUGUCCCAACACCAAAAUGCUUCUUGUGGGCUGCAAGUCUGACCUGCGCACAGAUGUUAGUACACUAGUGGAGCUGUCCAAUCACAGGCAAACACCAGUAUCAUAUGAUCAGGGAGCAAACAUGGCCAAACAGAUUGGAGCAGCCACUUAUAUUGAAUGCUCAGCCUUGCAAUCAGAAAACAGUGUAAGAGACAUUUUUCAUGUGGCUACGCUGGCCUGUGUGAACAAAACAAAUAAAAAUGUCAAGCGAAACAAGUCACAGAGGGCGAAACAACGGAUUUCGCACAUGCCUGGCCGGCCGGAACUCACAACAGUUACCACAGACCUGCGAAAGGACAAAGCUAAGAGCUGUACAGUGAUGUGAAGAAUUCUGUCACCUAAAUGGAGAUGGCAAGGACAAUGUGUUUGUGUGGGAUAGGUGAAGAUUCAACAAGAUGUGCCCAAGGAAAAUGGUCUAUUGUUACGGGCAGUCAAUGCUUCAAGGCCAUGGCUCACCCUCAGUGGGCAAGAAACUGAACUGGGGAAGCCAUUAUGUAGAGGAAGGAGUGGAUUCUGAAGGGAUGUCAAUGUUACUUGGAUAAAUACCAAAUAUGAAGGGAGCUCUAUUUGAAUGUGCUAAAGAAAUGAAAGAAUUGGUAGCACCUGAAGAAGUGAUGUCCUGGAGGAUGCUUAUUUUUAGAUCUAUUUUUGAAUACCGACUUUGAUUUUUGAUUACGUGCUAAAAUAUUGCUUUUAAAAAUAAAUUUACAAUGUCCCUACUCUCUUCAUUGUGAAGCUUUCCCCUAUGAAGCCGUUUGAUUUUCUUUCCUCCCAAAGGGUUUGAUUGCUUUUCCUUUACGUUUAUCUUUAAAAUAGGAAAGAGAGGUCAUCCAGAGGAAAAUGCUGUGUUAAGAGGCUUUAAAAUAUAAUUUCUUAAUAAGAUGACUAGAGUUGAAAGAAAAUUAAGCAAGUCAGGUUCAAAGAGCCUCCAAAAACUCCAAAUUGGAAAAACCCAGAAGUGAAUGUGGACUGACUUUUUAAAAUAUAUAUGUUAACCUAUUUAAGGGUAGUUUUCAAGUGCAGAAUCUUCCUCUACCAUUGUGACUGUCAUGAAAAAUUCAAUAAUGGGUCUAAAAGCCAAGUUGUUUUGAUGCCUUCUUAGCAAGGAAAUUGUAGACUAUCUCGAUAUCUUGGGUUGAAUCACAACGCCCUAACAAAUGAAUGGUGCUAAGGUUUAGUUAUUUAAAAAGCUCCUUAAUUAGAAAGGAAUGUUAGUCUUACUGCCCUCCUAAUUGUCUCCUUUGGUAUGAAGGAGGGCAGCCUCAGCACUCUGUAAGGGAAUAAGUGCUGCUCUGCUAUAAAAAUUUUCUACACUUCUAUACUGGGUGUUGUUGUUGUUGUUUUUUAAAGCUAGCACAUGAGCCAACCUACCCAAUUAUCAUCAUUAUGAUGCAUCUCUUAAAAUGGCUGCAUAUGGAUGACCGUCUCUUAUUACACGUUUUCUGUUUACUUGUAAUGAGCACUCUGAUGUGGGAGGGGGGAGCAGAGGGGAGCCUGGAGGAACUGCAGAGCCUUUAAGGGGUCCCGAGUGGAAACUGGAUAUUGCAUUAAUCCUGAAGGUCUAAUACAAGCAUAUCCAGACAGUGAUCAUUAAACAUUACUUGUGUGACCCACAUUCUGUCAAAUUCCUUUUCACUGACUGAUGACUAUUGUUACAUCCACUAAGCCAAUCUUCAAAAUAGUUUGCAGAUGUUGUUAUGCUUUGGAGUACGCACCAGAACUCUGCUGAGAGAGUGUCUCUAAGGCUUGUUGAGUGCAAGCAUUUUCUUCUCCAGUGCUUCAUUUUUGAAGUAUUUAUUUCCACAAGAAUUCCAGAUAUAUUGCCACCGUAAUAUGCUUUUGAUUGAUGCAAUGGUAUGCUUAAGGCAGUAUUAAAAAAUAGCUGGCAAGUGCUUUCUGUAUUUAAGUAUUUGUAAAAAGAAAAAUAAGUUAACUGUUUCAACACAACAUCCAUCAUGUUUUAACAAAUGUCAGUCUCUUUGUAUGUUUGGUUAUUGUUUCUGCAGUAUUUAUUUCUUUUCUUUUUAAUAAAAAAUGUUUAGUCGUUUA